AUGCCUCCACCUCCCCAAAGCAAAGUUCCGUGGGGAAAGACCCUCCAUCUGCCGUUCCUAACCUCGAUAAACAGGUGCACAAAACCCGUAGUUGCAAAGUCUUCCCAUGAGUCUGAGCUUGCUGGAGAAACCGCAACUGAAAAUACCACUCCGAGUCGAAGUGACACGAAGAUGAGUGUCGAUGAGGAGCCGAGCCGUUCGAGCGAGUCAACCAUCGUCGCGGAUGCGCCACCUGCUACAGACGACCUACCAGCCAUAAUGCCUACCGUGAAUAACGACGACUCGACACCCCAAAGGCCAACUACUUCUUCUGGGUGGUUGACAUGGUUUGGCCGAUCUCCAGCACCCCCUUCGCACCGCGAAACGCAAGAAACGGCAGAUACCCUCCCUAUGGACACCACGUUAACGGCGGAUGAUAAGGAAGGCAUAACGGGGCCCGUACCAGAUCCAACGGCUCCUUUAGCGACAAGAGACUCUGUGAUGCCAAAACCACUCGAGGCUGAUACCCAAGAGACGGAGCAAGUAGAUACCCAAAUGCAGGUCGAGCCCGCGCCGUCCCAGACUGCCUCCACUGGUUAUUGGUAUGGAUACAACCCCCAAGUAUCGGAAGAUGUCCCCAUGGUGGAUGCGACGGCAGAUGCGGCGCCCUCUGACACCAAGCCGGACGACGCCCCUCAAGCGCCCAAGCCGGAGCCUUCAACUGAGGCUGGAGAACUGGCCAUCAUAGGGGAUGGCUCCGAGUCUCACCCCACCCCAGCCAAGAGUUCUGAAGUGAGCCAAGCUGAGGCACCGGACAGGGUUAGCCCAAAACAACCACCGGCGCCCGUCACCCCACGAGCGAAAAACAAGAGAACCCGGCCACAGUCGAUGGAUAUUGACGUUUCGGCUGCGACUCCUCCAAGCGUUCAUGGUCUGUUCCCCGCUGCAUAUCUGAAGCCUAUUAUCGGGCAACCGACAGGCACCUCGAUACGUUUCGCCAAUCUGGGAGCGGAGGCCAUCCGACGAUGGGCAGAUGCCAAUGGACAAUCCGACUGCGUCAUUGAAAAGGUCGCGCUCGAGGGUGAAGGAAAGAUUGCUGAUCGGGUGAACAAUUUGUGGACCCUUCUGCUGAACUGGAUCGAGCAAUUACGAGAAGCCGAUCUUGUCAUCGUCGCAUGCCAUUCCCAGGGCGUACCAGUAAGCAUCAUCUUACUCGCCAAACUAAUAGACCUGGGCAUCAUCCAAAACGCAAAGAUUGGAGUCUGCGCAAUGGCCGGAGUCACCCUUGGGCCGUUCCCCGACUACAAAUCGAGCAUGGGACUUCUGAUGGGUGCGGCGGCCGAGUUGUGGGAGCUUGCCAACCCAGCUAGUGAGAUUUCCCAACGGUACGAGGCUGCCUUGAAGGAAGUACUUGAGUACGGAGUGCGCAUCACUUUCAUCGGCAGUAUCGAUGACCAACUCGUACCCAUGGAGUCUGCGGUCUGUUCCCCUGCGGACCACCCAUACAUCUACAGAGCUGUGUUUAUCGAUGGCCGCAUCCACGCACCCGACUUCAUCGCACAUCUCGUCGGCUUCGCUCUGAAGCUUCGAAACCUAGGCGUUUCAGACCACGGCCUGAUCCGCGAGCUCUCCAUUCCGUUAGCUGGAAGCCUGUACGGUGGAGAAGGUCACUCAAGGCUUUACUUUGAUGAUCAAGUCUACGACCUGGCCAUAUUCCACGCCCUCGAAACGACUGACGUGCCGACUAAGCUACCCUGUCGUAUCCAUCAACACAGCGCCCUUACCUCGCCCAACCCCUACCUUUUGCCUUGGGUUAUGCGGGGCCUACUUGAAGAAGACUUUGUCAAGACAGAGCUCUCGGCCGAGACUGAUCAGCUCCUGAAACAGUUUGACGACUGGAAGCCGACGACAAAAGCCCUCAAGGACGUCAAGUAUAGACUUGAGGCGGUCCGGUCUAAACUAUAA